CUUUUGAGAGAAGCCAUUCAUCCUCUUGAAAUCAAAAGUCAUUCAUUGAUUAGGUUUUAUGCAGAAAGGUUUCUAAAUUGCAAAAUUCAGUGGAAAGAAAAUAAGCAGAACCUAAGAAAUUAUUUAUAAAUGAAACAAAUACUGGAUUUGGUCUGCUUAUCUCUCAUUUUUGUCAUGUAGGUUUAAAGAUUUAGGUGUUUGAUCAGAUCUGUAUCAUUGUGGAUUUUGGCAAUUUACAGUUCUGGCACCUCUUCAUACUUUUACCCAAAACAAGAACCUGCGUUUGGAGCCAUAAGAUGUUCUUGCACUUAUAUGUCGGCAAUUGACUUAAAAAGGUGGAAAUGAAGGCUAUUAAAGCGGAAUCGGAUUUUUUUGGGGAUGCGCUCCGACAGAAAUGUCCCAAGAAAAUUGAACUUGCAAAUCAUCAUAAGUCCAUGGACCAAACAAGAAGACAAGAAUUUGAAGAAAAUAGAAGCUCAAAUGCAUUGAGUACUGGUCAAAGUAGCUUGAGUGUGUUGGAGCAAGGACAAUCCCCAGUGGAUGACAAUGUCAUUUCUUCUACUUCAACCAUAUGUCCGGCGCCACUUUGUCGUCAAUUUUGGAAAGCUGGGAAUUAUGAAGAUGGUCUUGGUUCCAAGAUCUCACUUCAAAAUGGAAAAAACUAUCUUCAUGUCCAUCCUAUGUUUCUCCACUCAAAUGCCACUUCACAUAAAUGGGCCUUUGGUGCCAUAGCAGAAUUGCUUGAUAAUGCAGUUGAUGAGAUCCAAAAUGGAGCCACUUUUGUCAUUGUAGAUAAAACCUCAAAUCCAAGGGAUGGAAGUCCAGCAUUGUUAAUUCAAGAUGAUGGCGGUGGAAUGGACCUUGAAGCAAUGCGGCGGUGUAUGAGUUUUGGAUUUUCAGAUAAAAAAUCCAAAUCAGCGAUUGGACAAUAUGGUAAUGGCUUUAAGACGAGCACUAUGAGACUUGGAGCAGAUGUUAUUGUUUUCAGUCGUCACUUGCAUGAUAGGGUGUUGACCCAAAGCAUAGGACUGCUCUCUUAUACUUUUUUGACAAGAACAGGCUAUGACCGGAUAGUAGUACCAAUGGUUGAUUAUGAGAUUAACUCAUCAACUGGCAGUUUGGAAAUUUCACAUUGCUGUGGCAAAGCGAAUUUUAUGUCCAAUCUUUCUUUGCUGUUACAGUGGUCUCCAUAUUCAACAGAGGCAGAGCUUCUGAAGCAAUUUGAUGACAUUGGAUCACAUGGCACAAAAGUUAUAAUAUAUAAUUUAUGGUUCAAUGAUGAUGGGGUUGUGGAGUUAGACUUUGAUACAGAUCCUCAGGAUAUUCGUAUUGGUGGGGACAUAAAAAAAGUGGAUACAAUUCCUGCUUGGAGGAAGAUUAAUGAAGAGCACAUUGCCAAUCGGUUACAUUAUUCCCUCCGAGUGUAUUUAUCCAUCUUGUAUUUGCGGAUGCCUGAAACAUUCAGGAUAAUAUUGCGGGGAAGAGUUGUUGAGCAUCAUAAUCUUGCCAACGAUCUGAAAUUUCAAGAAUUCAUUCUGUAUAAACCUCAAAGCGGUGGAGUUGUGGAGGGUCAAGUCAUAACUACAAUAGGAUUUCUUAAAGAAGCUCCACAUGUCAAUGUUCAUGGUUUCAAUGUCUACCACAAGAAUCGGCUAAUAUUGCCAUUUUGGGCAGUUGUGAGCAGCUUUGGAUACAACAGUAAGGGUAGAGGGGUGGUUGGCAUUCUGGAAGCAAACUUUAUUGAACCUACACAUGAUAAACAAGAUUUUGAGAGGACGUCCCUUUUUCAGAAGCUUGAAGGUCGCUUAAAGGAGAUGACAUUUGAGUACUGGGAUUAUCAUUGUGGGCUAAUUGGGUAUCAGGUCAUAAAAAAACCUCCAGCACAAGAGCACAAACAGGACUCAUCUCUUGGCUUAGCACAUGGUAAAACAAAGCCUGUCAAAUUGAGUCAAAGCUCCCCUGUUGGUAGCAAUGUAAAAGUGUCAUCUGCUGCAGGAUUACAUACAAAAAGGAAACAACAUGAUGAUUUAGUGGAUCUUGAGAAAGUGAAAAGGCAGGCAAGGACUGGGUUCAGUGCCACUCUUUCAGGCCUGAGUUUGGGGGAACAGCCUGUGGAUGGUGCAAACCUGUUGAAAUAUCAGAACCAGGAGGCUUUAAACUUGAUGCAGGAAAACAAAAAACUCCAAGCGCAAUGCCUGGAAUAUGAGAAGACAGAAAAAGAACUUGAUUUGAAGGUAGCACAACUUAAAACUGAGAUAGCAGAAGUCCAAUGUGAGUACGACAGGCUUAUGGCUGAACUUACAUUACUGGAUUCGAUCAAGGAGGAAAAGGCUGUAAAUAUGUAGAUUCAGUCUGUAGCAUUGCUCAAUUCUUUUAUUCAUAGAACGGUUCCUUUCGGAUGUAGCCUGGAAGAGAUACACUGUAUCCUAAAGCUUAUUACCCCUCAAGUGGGGGUUGCACUGACAGGUCAACUUGUAAUCUGCAAGCUCUGGGGAAAGAAAAACAAGAUCGACUGUAAUCAUUCGGUUAGGUUACUUUUGAUUGAUGGUAGGAUCAGAAUUAUUUAUUUUCUCAAACGUUUGUAAGUUGUAGGUUAGGCAUAGGAAGUAGAACUGAUCCAGUGUAUCCUUUGGAGUUCAUGUAAAUGUAAUCUCAAAACUCCCCUUCCUUUUCUAACGAGUCCGUAGGCAAUGGUAAGAUUCCCUGUAGUGUUGUCUUGAGGUUCUUCAUGCAAACUUGGCUUGUGUUGAGGUCAGUAUUAUUUGUGGAAGCAACUUCUUGGUUUUGCUCAACACUACCGACCCUUCUGCUGGGUCGCUUUGUAUUAUACUGUCCAGGAAAAUUUGUAUAGUGCUGGAAUGAUUGGAAUUGAAAAUAUGAUUCAACUUUUUUUUAUCA